AUGAGAAAUGGAACCACCAUAACGAGGACACUAUCUUGGCCGAAAGUAUUGCACACCGCAUUGCCCUCAGGAAUCGACUACAUGGGACCGUUCCUAAUAGUAAGACGAAGGGAAACAGAGAAGCGAUGGAUCUGGUUCUUUACAUGUCUGACGAUUAGGGCUGCCCAUCUAAAGAUCGCCAGGGACCAGACUACACUCACUUGCAAAAGAGUUCUGCACAACUUCAUUGCAGGGAACCAAAUUAGUAAGCGCUGGACGAGAACUGAGGGAUGGGAUACGAAAGCUAAACAAUGGGAGAUGCUGGGAACGAACAUGAACAUGUUCAGUGGAGUAGAAAUCUGAAGUAGGAUAUCUUAUACAGCAUAAUGUGCAAGGCUGAGAAUAUAUAAACGCUCGGCU